AUGUUCGUGGAGCUCGGCCUCUUCUUCGCGCGUCAAGUCAAAGCUCGACAUGAAGCCAGCGCGGGGUGCACUCAUGGCUUGUGCACUAAACCUUCUGUGGUUUCGCCGGUCGUUUCCGUUGCAUUUCGGAUAUCCAUGGCCAAGCGACGAGGGCUAUUGCUACUGCUAUGGCUGCUCGCAUGCGUUGGUGGCGCAGAGCUCGUCGUCGUGCAAGGCCCAGCGACAGAUGGACGCAGCCCGCCACCGUGCGUCCAGGCGUCGCUGCGCGUCGCCCAAGCCGUCUCCCUCGACGAGCUUCAGCACGCAACGCCCAAUGUGUCGCACGCGCUCGUGGCGUUCCUCGCGCAGUCGGACGUCAAGACGAGCGUCCGCCUCCGACGCGUCGACGUCACGGCGCCGUCGCUCAACGCAAAGGGCAAUGUGGUCUUGGACGUGUGUUUUCAACUGCCAACCGAUGCCAAUCGGUCGAGCCUUCUCACGGGCCUUGGCGCGUCGAUCGUGUGGACGGGCUUGCGCACGUCGCUGAGCACGCUCCACCGGCGCUUCCAGCUUCUCGACCAGGCGACGCCGCUCCAGCUCGUGGCGGCGCCGGUUCUGCGCGGCGAGGCCAAACCCUCAGGACCGACGAGCGCAGGGUACGUGCAAUGGUACCUUGUGCUACGCGGGGCAACGCUCGGCUUUUGGCACCGCAUGGCUCUUGUGCACGCGGUCGCGCAGCUGCUCAACGUGUCGACGACAUCGGUCUUUGCCCCGACCGCGGUGCAAGCGCCGUACGACGUCUACAACGGCAUAGCCACCAUCGUGCCCGUGGCGAUUGUGGGGGUGACGCCCAGCACCUUUGACGUCGUCACGUCGGCGCUGACGCGGCCGCUGCAGACGCUGCUGGCAGCAUCCCCAUGGCGUCUCUCGCUGCUGACGCAGACGCCCGACAGCAACGGCGAUAGCGCCUUGCCGCAGACCGCCGCGGCGUGGCCAGCGUAUCCGCAGCUUAAUCCAACGGCCGCGUACCCGCUGUCGAGCAUCUCGAGCCCGCCGCCAUCGGCGUACAUCGUUGCGUACGGCAUUGCAGAUCCCGUGACGCUCAGCACGCUCUCCCCUGUCAUCGACGGCUUCCUCAGCGUGCUCCAGCCGAGCUUGAACGCGUCGUUUGCUGUCUUUGCAGACUUGACGCUCACGACGUUGCCGCCCGACGCCUCGGCGAUGCUCUCGACGUCGCUUGGUAAUUCCAUCAACUUUGUCGUCGCCGGCGACGCUGCCACGAUCCUCGCCAAUGCGGAAGCGCUCCAAGCCGCGCUGGACGGCUACGCCAUCACACUCACACCGCUGCCAUCGUUGGGCAAGCGGGAGUGGUACCCGUACCUGCAGCUCGACUGCCCGUAUACCCUCGCGCCGCUCGCUGCGACCAUCCAACGCAUUGCGAUCGCAGCCUUCUUCGCCCGUCCGCUCGAGAGUGUCCGAGUGGUCGCCACGUCCGCAACGACAACGACGUUCGAGCUGGCCCUGACUCACACGUUCGAGCUUCGGUACGUGGUGAGCCAGCUCGAGGCGACGACGGCCUGGUCGACUGUCAUGGCGCAGUACGGGGCAGAGCCUGCUCGCUGCUCGCUUGGCGCGCAGUCGCUUUCCUAUCUAGCAUUAUACCCGAGCUCAACGAUCGCCUGGAGUGCUGCGGCACCGGCACCGACGACGACGUGCAGGGCAACGCUAGCCACCGCGUGCGAUCAGUGCCAGCGCUACUACGACGCCACGUGCUAUGGCCGCCCAGUGUGCUACCAAGCCAACGCCGCCUGGAUGACGCAACUGCAAACUCAAAUCGCAACGGGCGUGACGGACGCCACGGCGCUCUUCCAGCAGCCAUCCGGACCGUCGUCCGAUACGGCGUUGGCCAAGUACUAUGCGUGCCUUGCCGCGUUCGCGUGUCCUGUGCACGGCGCGCAGCUUCGUGCGAGCAGCGACGAGACGCACAGUCUCUGGGUCAGCAACUCGACCACGGACUUUUCAACGCUCUUGGCGUACCCGUUUGGCGUGUUCAACGUCUCGACGUCGAGCUUGUUUUCAACGCCAGGCGCCCUAGCGACAGCGCUCACUGUCCACGCACCUACUGUCUACGUGAACGUGACCACCGCGGUGAGUACGUCGGGCACGCAAGUCACCGUGACGUUUUCCCCACUGAUGCGUCUGCCGCUCGCGUUGCCGGUGGUCGUAUCGAGCUCGGCGCCGGCGACGAUCACAAGGAUGUCGAUGGCGACGCAGCUGCUGGUGCUCGACCCCACUUCCUCCAGCGACAGCGCAGUCGUGCUCGAGACACCGCUGUGUGUUGGCUGUGCAGCCGCCUGUCGCAGCCUCGAUAGCUGCGCGCCGCUGCUUACCUGCAAGGAGGCGGUGUUCGCAUCCGCAGUCGCCCAGCUCUCGACGCAACCAGUGUUUGCAUCGAUCGACGUCACAGACGCGGUCACGGCGUGCGUCGACACUGCAAGUAGCGCCGACACGACGCUCUUCUUGGCGGCGAUGCACUGCUUUCUCCACCAUGCGUGCCCGAUCGUGACGACCUAUAGCGACAUUGUGCAAGGUCGCAUGCUCGCGCUACGGAGCGUCGUCGGCGUCCAGUCCCUAAGCGUCGUCAACGCUACCACACGCACGCUGACAGUGGACAGGCCGACGUCGACGUCGCUGACCAUUGCACCCAGCAACGCCUCGGACGUCCUCUCGACGUUCUUUGCACCAAUCGCAGACGUCACGAUAUCGUCGAUGGACGACGCCACGCUGUUUAUAACGUUUGCCAACUAUGCGACACGUCACUUGCCGACACUGUCGGUGACGGCGUCGUCGGUGCUGCAGCCACCGCGCUUACUGGUGUACGUCGCACCGCUCAACACGACGCGGUUCGGGUUCCCGUACCAAGCGUUUGAAUCACCCAACGUACCCGUGAGCGCAGCGGCGACGCCCAACCGCACAUGUGUUGCCUUGCAGCGUCCGAUUGACGGCUGCAUCGGCAGCUGUCCGCUGCUCCUGCGCCAAGUGGCCUCGGCCAUCGCGUUGGCCACCGAGGCCAUGACUUGGCAGCCGCCUGGCUCCACCCUGUCGCUUCCACUGGAUUGGCAAGGGGUCUUGACGACGGCAGUCGCCAUCGAUGCUCGGGGCGUGCGGUCGUACCUCGCAACAAUGAAUGCCCGUGACGUCGCCGGCUGCCCCGUGACGGCCCGCGUGGACCUCGGGCUCCAAAUGACGCUUCUAUCGUCACCACUCGUGCUCUCGGUGACGAUUCCAAGCCCGAAUGACAACGUCUCGUUGUCCGUCUUCGUGGGCGGCUUGCCCGUCGGAACGAUUGCGCCGGCGUCGGCCGCCCCCGCGCAGCUACCAGGCCUCCUUGCCGGGCUCGCCACUGCAUCGGCUAUCGUGCUCUCGUCGUCGUUCAACGCGCUAGUCUUGCAGCUGUCUCUUGGCUCGUUUUACGGUCCAUCGCUCGAGCUGCAAACGUCCAAUGGCGCCGGGGUCAGCGUCGAGGUCGUCCGUGUGCCGGCGCAUGCACUCGCGAUCGCUGCGAUCGACCCGAGCGCCUUUGUGCCGCACUAA